AGCAGCAGUACAUCCUUCCUCUCCAAAUUUAGAUGCUGUCCAGUGCGCUCUCUUCCAGCGUUUUGCCGACCCCGCCGGCGCAGACUCGAUCAUCGCCGCCCGACAAUGCCGUGGGCGACCGCAGGCCACCAAUAAUGCUGCUGCUGCAGCUCCUGCGAUCUCUUCUCUUACACCGACACGAGCACUCCGUCGCAGCAUCAGACGCCGCCGGCGAAGAAUGCGGCGUCAGCAUCCUGCACACCUGCAGUAUCUGCCACCUUGUGCGGCUCCUCUGCCACUGGACGGCGGCGCGGGUCGCCCUGCCAGAGCGGAUGGACGAGCACUUUCUGGUGUUGUGGAUGACACGGCAGCAGCUGCGGUGCGGAGGUGAGUCGUCCGAAGCAGCCUUCGCGGACGAGAGAGAAGAAGACAGCGGUGAUGGUCACGGGAACAGAGAUGCGGCUUCCUUUGAGCCGUCGACUGUUGCUGCGGGGUGCAGUGCAGCGUGCUUGCUGCCUGUGUUCGAUCUCGACAAAGACGCAGCGAGACGGUCGAGUCCAAAGCGGGAGGGUCCUGCAAUGGCUUCAACUGGGCAGUCCAUGCGGAUGCGCGACACAGCGUUUCAACGGCGCAUCGACCUGCUGUUCCAGUCACUGCACGACACAACGGAGGACACGGACGAUCGCGUGGCACGCGCGGUGGCGAGCCCCGUAAAGCAAACUGUAGCCAAAUUGCUUGACGUUUAUCAGACACUGAAGAGUGAUGACAGCUACCUCUUUCAACCCACACAGCUGUCCAACGUGCACGUCGCCCUUCUCCUUCACCUCCACGCUGCGUCACUUACUGAACUCGCUGCACUCGACCUUCUUCGCACCCUCCAGCCGUCGCCGCCGCUUUCCGCGGAGGUUCAACUCAACGCGGUCAUCGAUGCCUUCCACGGGCUUCUCGAUGCUCAGCAGUCGGCUCGGGCUGCUGUUCGCUACUUCAGCUGCUCCCACUGCAACGACCUUCUCCACACGCGCAUUCGGCCUUUACUCGAGGCGCUGACUCGUACGAGCACACCCAGUUCAUCUACGACGUCUUGUUUUCUUCAUCCCCAUGUGGAACUGAGCGCCGACGCGUUGUACUGCGUGUCAGGGCGUGGACUGGUGGCCACAGGCCCACUGCAGGAAGGUGAGCUCCUUCUGCAGGAGGAGUGCAUGCUGGCUUUGCCUGUCGAUGCUCACGAUGAGGGCGGUGUGGUGCAGGGUGGGAGGCAUGCGAAGGGUCUCGCAGACGCACUGGACCACGUACUGCCCGACGUGGAGGAGCCAGCGACAGCAGGGACUUCGUGUUGCGGCGAUACACCCGCAACAGCAGAGGGCGUCGUUGAUUAUCUCACACGUCGUCCCCGGUCCUUCGCCGAAACGUGGUGGUACCGCUGGGCCGUUGUGCUUGGCGACGCGCCGCGACCAGGUGCAGCGAACACACGUAUACCCCUGCGUGAGAGUCUGCGCACGUGCGUGAGGGAUGCUGUUCUCGCAGCGUGCAGCCACACGAGCAAUUCGGCCAGCUCGAGGGAAAGCAGCUCCGUCUCCGAAGGCCCCGCUUCAUCACCUUCAACGCUGCGGUUUGCUUCGGUGCGAGCGGUGGAUGAAUUUCACGCGCCACGGCCACCCCCCGAGAGCGUGUCGCAGCUUUUUUCAAAGGACUUGCUUUUACCAGCGUUGGACCCACUCUUGAGCGACGUGCUCUUCUGCCUUUUGCGCUUCGUGAACCACGCGUGCACGCCGAACGCGGUGGUGGUGUACGACGCUGCUCCGACCAACUCGUGCGCUCUUACUGGCACGCUGGUCGCCCUUCGCGACAUCGCGGCAGGCGAGGAGGUGACCAUCUCCUACCUAGCGGCCACCACCGCGCUGACGGUGUCCCCCGCAGAACUAACGCACGUGCUUGGCUUUGCGUGCUGCUGUGCGCUUUGCACGCAGAAAGCCGCACUGCUGCACGGUGUGGUGUGCGGUGAGUGCAAGCAGCUUGUGUGGACGUCGCCGAGGCAGGAAAGGUCCGCGAAUGCCUCUUCGAAGAACGGAGAAGCAGGUGCCAGCAACACACGUGUGGCAGCCUCUGCCUUCACUCAUUCGAAGGACUGCUCGCAUGCUCGUCAACAGUCUUGCUUAGUGAAUGAGGAUGGUGAUGCCAGUGACGCAGCAGGCGGCACCUCGGGCUUCGUGGCACGGCAGCUACGUCGUCAGCUAGACGGCAUCUCUGCGCAGAUUACCGCCACGGAGUCCCCCGCCGCUGCCCAAGACGCAGACGGCCAGCGCGGCGUUGAUAACGCAGCGGGCGACUGUGCCUGUCCACGCCAUUCUUCCUCCGGUGCGUCUACCGCAAAAGAUCCAUUGGUGGCUGCGGUGCGGCAGCUGGUGGACCUCGACGACUGCGUCUCCCACGCCUUGUUGCCCACGCACCAUCUGCGCCUCCGCACCCGCCUCGAAGCUUUCGCCUACGCGUCAGUCGCACAGGGACUGGGCUCCACUGUCAGCGCACAACUGAUCGAACUGUGCGCGAGCACCAUCGAGGAGCUGGAGGUAUUGCUCGGGCCAAACAACCCGCUGCUGACCGGGCUGCGCAUGCACCUCGUCUUCAGCCGUGGCCGACACGUGCGAGCCGUGCAGGCGGCGGAGGCGGUGGCGCACGGCACCCGGCACGCCGACUGCUGCGGUGCGGUGCGGGAGCAGGCGGCGCUGAUGGAGCUGCCGUUUGUGCUGGAUCCGCUCGUGCGGCGCUGCGUGACGCGGUGCUUUCAGGAGCACUUUGUGCAACUCGUCGGCUGGAAGCUGCCGUUGACGGCAGAUGCGACGGAGGAGGACGUGCUGUGGUCUUUCCUGCGCCGGUAUCCGGUAGAGCUGGAGGCGGCAGGGAUCACAACGCCAGAGCACAUGGAGCUUCUUGCGUGCAUGGCGGACGGCGAGAGUGAGGUGAUGCGAUAG